AUGAAUGACAUUGAACAGAUAAAUCAGCAGAUCCAUAUUAUUACCAACCCGUUAUCUUUGUCAAAGCAACAUCGACGAUCACAACGACAACGAGUGAGUCCAGAACCGCAAUCAAUUAACGCUAUCAAACAAUUAUCACCUCUUGAUCUCUCCGAUUCUCUACAAUCAUUGGGCAUGACAGAUACAAAAAUCAAUCAUAUACUUGCAACAAUUUCAUCGUCGAACACUAUUGACACAAAUCCUUUAGCUGACCAAAUCAAAAUGACAAACAAUCAUUUUCACAGACAUAAUUCCGUUGAUCAACAAAAUGCUAAUCUAUCAGAUAGCUUAAAUAAUCUGGAUGAUGACAAUCUAUUAAAUAAUUCACCUCCGUCAAGUUCAUCACUUAAACACAAUUCCUUGUCAUCAUCCGAUCUCGAUCCGUAUGAACGUAAAAAGCAAGCUGUCUUAGCUAAAGCCGAAGGCAAACUAGAUAAAGCUCAACAUCUCUAUCAAUUAGCACAGCAAAGUGUUGAGCGAAGUAUUUCGGAAUUUCUUCGUGCUACGACUAUGCCCGGCAUUAUUAAUGAAUCAAAUUCAUCGAAGACAAUAGUUGCAACGUUUGAAAAACGCAUUCGUACAUUGCAAGAAACGAAAAAGAAAUUAGAAAAGAAAAUAACGAAAUACCAAUCAGAUAUAGCUCGUAUACAAUCCGGAGAUAUUCCACAUCAUUAUAGAUCAUCGAAAGAUAUAAUAAAUAAUAUUAAAAAUAAAGUUGCAAAUGGAAAUUAUAAAAAUCGUUCAUCAAAUAUAAUGUCAACACCUAUUCUACAUGAACAAACAAUAACGUCAAAUCAUCAGGAACCAGAUAAUUGCAAUGCGCAAUCGAGUGCUCUGUCGACAUCGAUGAAUCAUAAUAUAGAAGCUAUGAAUAAUAACUCGAACUUUUUAUCUUAUUCACAAAACAGUAAUACGUUUGAGACCAUGCGUUCAUCACCAUCAAGUUCAACGUCGAAUGAAAUUGGAAAUUCGCAAUUUUAUAUUGAUUCGAAUUCUGAAGUAUUGGCUAUCAACGAGGCUGAUAAAUCACCUGUGACAAAACGACGUUUAACUGACGAUUCCAAUAUUGAAUUCUACGAUCAAACAUCCGAUCAUUCCAAUGAUGAUCGAUUGGUUUACAAUGCAUCAAUAAGGCGAAAUAACAUUACAACAGCUGAAUAUCAUCAACUAAUGACAAAAAUCGAUUCAAUUCAUAAAGUAAUCGAGCGCUAUGAUACACGAGUGAAUGAUAUGCAAAAACAAAUAGAUUCAUUAGUAUCAAUCAAUGAUUCUCAAAAUCAACAAAACGAACGUUUAAAUAAUGAAUUAACAGAUUUAACUGAUUUGCAUCAACUGGAAAUGUCAACGUUAAAAACUGAUUUAAGAAAACUUGAAGAAAAACUUCUUUAUAAUUUGAAUGAAUAUUGGGCAGAAAUUAUCGAACGACUGGACAAACUUGAUACAAGAACAACAAAAGUUGAACAAACGCAAGCACAUGCCUUUGACACCGAAGAAAAUACUCAUCGGCUUAUAAGUAAAUUUGUGAAUAUUCUAUUAACUGUAUUCGCUAUUAUACUUCUGCUACUGUCAACAAUAAAAAAUCUUCUUCAGUCACGUGUUCAUGCGAUAAUUCUACUGAUUCUUGUAUUUACAUGGAUUGCCUUUCACUAUCUACCGGAGAAUUAUUUCCAGUUAACAGUCUUGAAAAGCUUCACGAAUCUCUUCACAUGA